AGAGAGAGAGCCCGGACGUUGGCUGCUUUCCUCAGACUCUCCAAGGAGGCAGAGAUGGAAACAGGAUGAACCUGGCGGGGAGUUGCUUCACAGGAAAGUGCCUCUGGGGUGUCGUUACCCACUUGCAUCAAUACCAGAACCGACUCUUUUGGUUGGGAAGGAGGCAGAGAGACUUUCAAUGUUUGCCGAUGCUUGAGGAUUACGGACCCUGGCUGUAACGGUUUGGAUAGCUACCUACUUAUUUCCUUCAUGCCCUCCUCUGCCAUAGCUAACGCAGUUUUUAAUUAUCGUUUUAUUACCCAUACUCAAAUUCUCUCAAAAAUGUCAAAAUAGGCUUUCGCACCGACGGUGAAGAUGUUUCUGUGGCGUCGUGCUUCGCCUCCGUUGGACGCAGGUGCGCUUAGAUUCACAAACCUGUGGCCGGGCGCUUCUCUGACACUACGCUACGAUAUUCGGAUAGCCGUUAUUUUUCGUGUUUCGCUCUAUUGCGCAUGCCCCGUUUGAGAUCCAGAAUGCUGCCCCGACGCGACUCCGCUUCGUCCUGGCCGCGAUGUAGCAGCAGCAGUAGAGGCAGCAGCAGCAGCAGCGGAAAGUGGAGAGGAGCGGAGGACUGAAUGAGAGAGACAGAGAGAGGGGGGGGGAAAAAAAAAAAAAACAUGCGCUGGCAAAAGUGGCUUCACCAAAGGAUUUGACCCGAGAUCCUUCGCGAAAUAGACAACAGUGUCACGAAGUGAAGAAUGUCAGGGACACCACAUGCGGAGGCUGAAGGAGUAGUCUCCAAAGUAAAAGUGAAAAAGGAGAUCAAGACCAUUGUGGAGAAUUUGGAAACCAUCCUGGGAGACCUUAAGGAUGUGGCAAAGGAGCUCAAAGAGGUUGUUCAUGACAUCGACACCCUGACUGGAGACCUUCAGUUGGAGGAGGACGGACUGACCGACAGUUCGAAGACCGACACGCUCAACUCCAGCUCGAGCUCCACCACUACCACCACAACCGCGUCCAGCCUGGAGAAGAUGAAGCUCUUCCCCGAGGACUGCAUCUUCAAGACACAGGUGCCCAUGAGUCCGGUACCCAUCCAUCAACCUGGAGUUCUGACGGUGCUCAAGAAGCCACACCCGCCGCUGCCACCGCCGAGACACACUACGCUGAGAACGGAGGAACACAACAUCAAGAACCUGCCUCAUCCGACUUUGGUCUUAUCAGGGAAUAUAUCCAAGGCUAAUGGGUCUUUGUUGAGGAACGGUGGCGUUUUCCCACUGAAACCAAAUAAGGAUUUAUUCUCCUCCACUCCGUGCUUCAUUUCAGGAGAGAGCGAAAUGCAGGAAUCUGGUCUGGUUCCUACGCUGCCCAGGCCAAUGCCGCUUCUCCGGCAUGAGAAAAACAAAUGCCCCAAGGCUCCAGGCAGGGAGCACCGGGAGAGAGAGCGGGUCCGUUUCAGCGAGAAAGUCCAGUAUCACGGCUACUGCCCAGACUGUGAUAUGCAGUACGACGUAGACGACGCAGAACUCCACUUACAGGCCGAGCUUAGCGACUUACGGCUCAGCCCGGUUCACUGCUGCUCUUCCUCCCCUCCUCUUCAUCCUCUCCCUCAUCCACUGAUGUUGGAAAAUGGAGGGCUCUCAGUCAGCCACAGUUUCCCUCCAACAACACACACUCCACCACCUUGUGUGCCUCCUCACACACCUUCCCUAAAGCCCCAUAAAACAAUCCUACGCAAAACAACCACCACCACAGUUUGACCCUGAUAGGUCUCAACUUAAACAUUGUUGAAAAAGAUUCCUAGUGUUUUCUACUCAAGCUGAACUUCGGAUUAUCCAAACAAAGAGAGAGGAGAGGGUUUGGAAACAGAAAAAGUGGAUAAAGUGAAAAGGAAUGGCGAGAAGGGCAAUGCUGAGAUGGAAAACAGCGAGAUCAGGGAGAAGCAGGCCCAUUGAGAUCCUUGAGCUCUGAGAGGAGUGGAUGCUGGCUUCACACUCUAAUCGACCAGGGUUGAUCAGGGAGGAAGGAGCCCAAACAUCAGCCUUCUGGUGCUUGAAAGUGCUAAUGGCUCUGAACUGACAGAAGACAAUAUCCUCUUCUGAGCAUAAAACAACCUUCAGGCGACAGCUGUACAGGUGGAAAAAACAAAAAAAACCGUUACUCUCCAAAACAAGGCAUGGCAAGAGAGCCGGCCGCUGCGAGUGAUAUGUUUGUUCAUAAAACCAUCUAAAUUAGAUCGGAAUGCUGCCCAGACCGAGUUAUCAAAAGUAAUGAGGCGGAUAUGGAUGAAGCCGCACAAGAUAUGGGUUGAAAUGAUGUCAAUUGGUGUUUGAUUGAUGCCAACACAGACUUUUGCUCUGUCAGAUGGAAAUCAAUAGCUCCACUCAACCGAUGGAAUUUGCCUUUUAAGAAUCGUAAUUGUGCACGGAUUGCCCGACAGGCCCGGCUUGCGAGAGAAAAAACAGCGUCUCCACUGGACUGCAGAAAAGGAGAAAAUAGUAUUAUGUCAGUAUGUGCCAUAUCCCAACCAUGUGCUGUUUCUGUUGCGACCAGUGUUUGGAAAUGAAUAUCGAUUUGGCCGCUGGUCUGUGUCCAGUCAUUAACGUCCAUCGUUUCUGUAUUUGCUCAACUGGUGCCAUGCGUCCACGCAUACUCCACGGUUAAAAAGCAGAGAGGUUCAGUCCAAUGUGGCAAAUUACAGCUUUAAAGGAUUGUUGAGGAGGUGAUAAUUUGCAUCAAAUUUUAUUUGUGUACAAAUAUACAUAAACAUGUUUGAUAUCUAUAUAUUUCAGCCAUUUUUUUCUACAGAGACUUUUAACAUUUAAGAAGAUGAUAUUUUUGAUAUUACGUUGGACAACAGAGGUUUAUAGACAAAAUAUGACAUUCCCUCAUGUAGUACUUUUUCCAGGAAGGCAGAAGAACAAGAUUGUGUUUGUAGAGAUAAAAGAAACUUUAAUUAAAAAGUUCUGUUUAUUUUGUUUCUUUUUUUAAGAAAAGAAUAUACGAUGAAGAAGAAAAGUGUCAUAAACCAAAUAAUUGUUGUGCUUUAUCAGAAGGGAGGUUUGGGUGAAUUAAUGAAUGCAUGACUGGCCCUUCACUCUGUCCUGCCAUCACUGUGUUUUUCUAUGCAUUUCUACAAAGAGGAUGUCUAAAUGAGUCCAAGGUGCCGCUCGUUCUGCUUGCUACAACAUUUAAGAGAUAUUCUUCAUAUCCUCUCAACUUGUUAAUCAGGUUCAUUUCCCAGUCUCUAAAAUAAAAAUCUGAUCAUAUUCUAUUCAGCUUUUGCAGACGAGUCACUUGUAAUUACAAAAACAUUUUUCACAUUUUGUCACUUUUCUGCCACAAACUGUUGUGUAUUUUAAUGGGGUUUUGUGUGAUGGACCAACACAAACUGGUGCAUAAUUUGUCACAUGGAUGUAAACUUAUACACUGUUUUAAGUUUUUCUACUAAUAAAAAUCUGAAAAGUGCCAUGCAUUGGUAUUCAACCCUCUUUAGUUAAUGUUAUAAUAGUAGCAGAGACGUUUUUUGCUCCAAUCACAGCUGCAAGUGUUUGAGGGGUGACCCUUUAAGUUGGGUAAAGAGCCUCUUUGUAAGAUUCUCAACUGAAUUUAGGUCUGGACUUUGACUGGGCCGCUUUAAUGUGCUUUAACUAUUUGACAGUAGCUCUGGUUGUAUACUUAGGAACCUCCUGGUUGAACUGCCGUACAUGUUUCAUUCAGGAUAGUCUUGUAUUUAGCUCCACCCAUCUUCUCGUCCACUUCCCAGUCCUGAUGAAAAUACACUUCACCACAGCAUGAUGCUGCCACCACCCUGUCUCGCCAUGGAGAUGCUGUCAUUGUAGGUGAUGUGUUUUUACAUUUUUACAUUUAGGCCAGAAUUUCAGCUUUGGUCUCAUCUGACCAGAGAACAUAUCUGCUGUAUCCCCUGCAUGACUUUUUAAAAUCCUAUAAAGGUCAGAUCAUUUUGCAGUGCAUGGCUAACAGAUGUCCAGUAGCUCUCUGCAGCUCCUCCAGAGUCGCCAUGGACCACUAAAUGACAGAAAGGUAAAAUUUUAUUAUUAUUUAAAAUCUUCUGAAGGCAACUGAAAGCACUGGAUUGUAUUUAGGCGUAUUACAAUUAAGAUGAAAUAAAAUCCCAAUGCAAAACGUUAAAGUUUGUGGUUUUAAUGUGACAAAAUGUGCAAAGCACACGGCUCAAUUUUUAAAACCAAUUACAGAAUACAAACAAACUCUGCCUCUUUCUUCUCAUUGGACACAGACUGAAUUCAUGUCGAGUCCAAAGGAAAGUUGUCAGUGACAUUUUUCUUGUGUGUUCACAAACUCUUUGAAACUAACUUGUGAGAAGUAAAUAAUACUUUGCACUCAGUGUUGGUGUGUGUAUGUGUACUUUACUCCCGCCUCAAAAAAAUAUUUCACUGUUGACUUUUUCCCCGCCGACUGCAUUCGAUUUUUAGAAAUUGUGCUCUUGUAGACUAAUCUCUUACGAUGUCAUGACUCUGUGAACCGAGUGCCAAAAAGAGGAAAUUAAACUGACUGCAAAGAGCAUUGCACUUAAUCAAAAUCGCUAACAGAAGAAAAAAAAUGGCAGCGUGAGCAAAUGGUUCCAAAGAAAAGGAGGGGGGCGAAAAGUCCAGUAAAUGGCAUCAUCAGCUGCAUCUGUUAGCUGGAGAUUAGUGUGAUGAGAUAGAAGCUGGCGAUGCUAGGGGGCCGUGAACUGUCUGCACAAGAUAUUUCAGCAAACUAAUGGUGUCUUGUCAUGUUCAUAAAGACUAUAUGACACGGGCCGCAGCCAGCAGUCUGAGCGCCAUAUUAACGAAGGACAGGGUCACAGAGGACCGCCUGGAGGACAGAGAGGCAGUCCUUCAGACGCGUUCAAACCGGUGAACUGGAAACAACGUGCUGGAUAAUUUGCAUUGGAGGGGAAAAAAAAAAAAAAGAAUUCAUGUUUAACUCACUGCCUUGGUGCCCUUGAGCAAAUCAAAAAAAUCCAAAGAGGAAUGUGUUUGUGCUUGCAGCUGAGUUGCAUUGACUGUUAUUAAUUAAAAAAGAAUCAUUAUUCAGAAGAAUAGUGUAAUUAUGUAUGGAAAUAUGCAAUUUAGUUGGAGUUAUAUAAACUAAGUUUAAGAAGCAUGAAUAGCGGCAUAAUUAAUCCAGUACUGAUGUCUAGAAAUAGAAUGGUGCUUAGUUGUUAAAACACCAACAAUUCUUGACUUUUACACAAGAGGACACAAUUAUUGUCAUUCAAACAUCCUAACUUUGCUCCGGAUCCUUACAAGAUUUUACUUUGAACACAGAAGCAAAAUUAUUCCACAAAGAAUAAAAGCCACCGGGGCCAAAAUUUUACUUCUGAUACUGAUGGUUGUGUAUCUUUUAUUUUCGAUAACAAGCUUCAAUCGUUCAUUGUAAUUUUCAAUAUACUGUAUCUCCGACACAGCUCCCAUAAAAUCCCAGUCCGUUCUGUGACUUUAAAGCUCCUCCAGAUAUGAUCGUCCUUCAACCGGUAGAUUUUAUUUUUUCUUAAAAGAGAGCACACCUUUCCCUCGCCUUCCCCACUCAGCUCCUCCAGACUAACGGCAGCAGCAAUUAGAAAACGUCUGGUGAAACUUCAAGUCUGCUGAGCUCAUCAUACAAACUACUUCUGAGAAUGGUUGUUAAUGUUGUGAUGUUGUGCUGAAGAGAGAGUGUCAGAAGGAGCAGGAGCUUCUUAAAGAGACAGAAGCCCAAUUUCAAGGUGUCAAAUUUGAUACAAUUUGAUUAAGCUAACAUAUUUACUUGACUGCUAUAAAACAGGACUAUGUGCUUGGAAAAUACAUAAUGCCAUCCCUUUAAGCGUUUUUAAUGGCACUAGUGACCUUUAUGCCACAAUAGGAGGAAGGGCAGACAGAGAAACAAUGGUAAAACAUGCAGCAAAUGGCCUGGGGCGAGGAAUUGAACCGGGAACAACUGUGUUGAGGGCUGUAGCCUCUGUAUAUGGUGCACCUCCACUGAGCCAUGUAGGAGUUGUCUGAAUUAUAUGUGUAAGUAUAUUAUAUCUCAGCAGUUCAUCAAACCAUGUUUUUGUACUUAAUAAAUAGGAGAUACCAUCUACAACAAAAAGGAACAUUCUCUAAGGUUAUCUGGAGCUAGUUCUUCGCCAGAUGUUUUGAGGCGUUGCCAUUUUGGAAGGCAAAGCGACAACUCAGAUCCAGUGUUGCUGCUGAUUGCUUAAGGAUUUCUAUCAAAAUCUUUAGAUAUUCUCUUUCCUCAUCAGUCAGAUUCCUUCCUCCCUGAGAGUAUUCCCAUACAGUAAGGAAGCGUCUCCGCAGCACAAUCCUCCUAAAGCUGCGUUUCAGUGUUUGGUUAUACACCCUUCUCUACCUUCUUUCUCAAGUCAUAAGCAAUCUCUUUAUGGCCAAAGAGCUUUAGUUUUCUCUCAGCUGAACGACGGACAUGAUGAUCUUUCUCAUACUUCAGUCUCACUUGAAGGUUUCAUUUCUGCACAAGUGGAGAUUUUCUUGUUCUGCGACCACACAGUUCAUUCCUGAGCAGAGUUAUCAUCCUCUUUGAGACUACAAUUUCUAUCUAAUCACAAAAGGGAUUUUACACACAUUUCUCUCUAGUUCUUUAUAAUCCUAGGCUUCCUUCCUCUACUAGGCUUGUCCUGUGCUGAGGGAAGUUUGUUGUUGAUGCCUUUAACUCCAGUUCUUGACACUUGGGAAAGCUGUGAUAACAUUGUCUGGCCUUUUUCUUCUUUGUGAGCACCGACAUUUCUUUUCCCCAAGUCUAAGCUGGUUUCCUUUGUUUUCAGCAUGAUACUUUGUCCUGUGACAGCUCAAACCCUUACUAAUGUUUUAUUCUGUGUAUGUUGGGAAAUAUCUCUGGUUUCAUUAUUACAGAGUUAACACACGUAAUGUACACAGCACUAAUUUCUGCUGUGACUCAAGGGUUAUAUUGCUGAUGCUGGAAAUUUCUAGUUUUUCUUGUGAAACUUUCAUAAUUUGGUGUUAAUCUGAAUAGAGAGAAACUAAAGAAUAAUUUUUACUGGAGAUAAAAUAACUAAUUUUGACAUGUUUACCUGCCAAUUCUAAUAAAUAUGUAAACAAGUUCUCUCUGAAAACAUGUUAGCCAAUUACUAAACUAAUGACUCUGGACUGUUUUAGAGGUUAUUGAAUUCCUAAUUUUUGACGUUUGUAUGUUGACAGAUAUUCAUAAAAAACUUAUUUCAAGU